GUCAACCCUAGACCUCUUUAGCUUCCUCCUUUUAUAUAAACAGAGGAUUAAAACCACUUCUAUUCACAGCCUAUCUGUUUCAUCUUCUUCUCUCUGAUCUCACAACAUGUCGGGAGCUAUAACUUGCUCGGCGACCGAUCUUGCCGUCCUGUUAGGUCCUAAUGCCACGGAGGCGGCCACUUACAUCUGCAGCCAGCUAGGCGACGUGAACAAAAAAUUCAUCGACGCCGCUUUUGCCAUAGACAACACAUACCUCCUCUUCUCAGCCUACCUUGUCUUCUCUAUGCAGCUUGGUUUCGCUAUGCUCUGUGCUGGUUCCGUGAGAGCCAAGAAUACUAUGAACAUCAUGCUUACCAACGUUCUUGAUGCUGCAGCCGGUGGUCUCUUUUACUAUCUGUUUGGUUACGCCUUUGCCUUUGGAUCUCCUUCCAAUGGAUUCAUCGGCAAACACUUCUUUGGUCUUAAAGACAUCCCCACGGCCUCUGCUGAUUACUCCAAUUUCCUCUACCAAUGGGCCUUUGCUAUAGCCGCUGCUGGUAUCACAAGUGGCUCGAUCGCUGAACGGACUCAGUUCGUGGCUUACCUAAUCUAUUCAUCUUUCUUAACCGGGUUUGUUUACCCAGUCGUCUCUCACUGGUUCUGGUCAGUUGACGGAUGGGCUAGCCCGUUCCGUACCGAUGGAGAUUUGCUUUUCGGCACCGGAGCAAUCGAUUUCGCUGGCUCUGGCGUUGUUCAUAUGGUCGGAGGUAUCGCUGGACUCUGGGGUGCUUUUUUAGAAGGUCCACGACUCGGCCGGUUCGACAACGGUGGACGUGCCAUAGCCCUUCGUGGCCACUCGGCGUCACUUGUUGUCCUUGGAACAUUCCUCCUCUGGUUCGGAUGGUACGGAUUCAACCCUGGGUCCUUCAACAAGAUCCUCGUCACUUACGAAACAGGGACGUAUAACGGCCAGUGGAGCGCUGUCGGAAGGACGGCCGUCACGACCACCUUAGCCGGCUGCACAGCAGCUCUUACAACCCUCUUUGGAAAACGUCUACUCUCGGGUCAUUGGAACGUCACUGACGUAUGCAACGGCCUCCUCGGAGGGUUUGCAGCAAUAACCGGUGGCUGUUCCGUCGUAGAGCCGUGGGCAGCGAUCAUCUGUGGGUUCGUGGCGGCCCUUGUCCUUCUCGGAUGCAACAAACUUGCGGAGAAGCUCAAGUACGAUGACCCACUAGAGGCAGCUCAGCUACACGGAGGUUGUGGCGCGUGGGGGCUAAUAUUCACGGCUCUUUUCGCUCAAGAAAAGUACUUGAACCAGAUUUAUGGCAACAAACCUGGAAGGCCACACGGUUUGUUCAUGGGCGGUGGAGGAAAGCUACUUGCAGCUCAGCUGAUUCAAAUACUUGUGAUCACGGGUUGGGUGAGUGCGACCAUGGGGACACUCUUCUUCAUUCUCAAGAAAAUGAAACUGUUGCGGAUAUCGUCGGAGGAUGAGAUGGCCGGUAUGGAUAUGACCAGGCAUGGUGGUUUUGCUUAUAUGUACUUUGAUGAUGAUGAGUCUCACAAAGCCAUUCAACUUAGGAGAGUUGAGCCACGAUCUCCUUCCCCUUCUGGUGCUAAUACUACUCCUACUCCGGUUUGAUCUUGGAUUAUUAUUGUUAUUUUCUAGAGUAUUAUUAACGGUGUUUAAAAAAACUUAAAUAUUGUUUUGGAUAUUGUUUUUUGCAUUGCAGUAAUGUUUUAGAUGUACAGUUUUCGUGGUUGUGAUGAUUUAUGUGGUCACUUGUGGUCUCUUUAAGUUCUGAUAACGUUUUUUCAAAAUUUAUGAUCAUUAUUUGCUGCA